AUGGGACUGCUAUCAGGAACUUGGAAGAACCUCUUACUUCAAUUGGGUUCCACGGAAAACAAGGCGAGUUCACAGAAGAACUCUAAAAAUUUUCCCCCAUCUCCAACUCUGUUCAAUGGUGGAUCAUCAUUGAAGUUACUAGGUGAAAAUGAUGAGUCUGAAAAGUAUAAAUUCCAUCCUCUAGUCCUAGUUGAGGAUGUGGACAUCCUUUACGCCGAAGAUCGUGGAUGUAUAGCUGUCAUACAACAGAUUGCUGAGACUUCAAAGGGGCCAAUUAUAUUGACUAGUAAUAGGAAGAUGACUAGUUAG